AUGAAUUUACACUUUUACAGAAAAUAUAAAAACGAAAAAAGGAAAGUGAUUUGGCAAAAACAUAUUUAUAAGGCUAUUUAUAAGGUGAGGGUGAUAUCAGGAUAUGCUCCGCAACAAAGUAGGAAGGAAGAGGAGAAGGAUAGGUUUUAUGAUGAUGUUUCUGACGAGAUUGGGCAAGCGGGGUUGAAUGAGUUUGUGGUGUUGUUGGGUGAUUUGAAUGGUCAUGUGGGGGCGGAUGCAGACGGAUAUGAAGGUGUACAUGGGGGAUGGGGAUAUGGUAUACGGAAUGAGGAAGGGCGUAGAGUGUUGGAGUUAGCGGAUGCACAUAGCAUGGUGGUAGGGAACACUUGGUUCACAAGGGAACCAGCGCGAUUGAUUACUUAUAGGUCAGUGGAACAUAGAUCGAUGAUAGACUAUAUAUUGGUAAGGGCCAAACAUAGGAAGUAUGUGAAGAAUGUGAAGACGAUACCUGGUAUGUUGCAGCAUAGUAUGGUUGUGAUGGAUGUGACAUCAAAAGAAAUGGGGAGGAGGAAGAAGGAUAAAUGUCACACUUCCAACGUAAAUAUUAUCUCUAGAAUUGACAUUUUUAGUCAUCCAAACGCUGAUGGUACUUGCUUCUAUACAGUCAUUUCCAAGUCAAACAUCACUUCUCAGCUCGACAACUUAAGUGCAUGUACACAAUUGUGCAUAUCCUGGCAGUUUGAUACUCAAAAGAUUAUUAACGUGAAGAUUAUAAAAACACCAGACGAAGAUGUAGAUAAAAAAUCUAAUGAUGUGAAAAAUUUUUUUCUUGGAUUCAUUUUAAAAGAACAAUUAACUUGUGAAAAAUUAGAGAAAUUAUUAAAAACACCAGACGAAGAUGUAGAUAAAAAAUCUAAUGAUGUGAAAAAUUUUUUUCUUGGAUUCAUUUUAAAAGAACAAUUAACUUGUGAAAAAUUAGAGAAAGCAAAUUUUAAAGAAUUUAAAGCUACAAAGAGUGAAAUUUAA